AUGGCGGAUAGUUCGGCAGCUAAUUCCCAGCAAUCGGUAGAUGUUACAACUGAAACCUCUUCGACAAUACCAAAAAAUGUAGGGCAAGGCCGAAAAUGGCUUCCAAUACUGUUGCUACCGUAUUUCAUCGGCAUUUCAUGGCACGUGGCGCAUCCAGCCGUUUCGGUGUUUACUGGACACGAUAGAGCACGCCGGGUGUACAUUGACGAGAACUCGUUGGAUCCUUCUUCCUUUAAAAGUCCCCCCAAAUACUCCAUUAUCAAUCCGUCUGCUCCGAAGAAAGGAGCUUCCGCUGCAUCUUUGUGUGCGGCUGUAGGUGGCAGUACUGGAGAAAACGCAUCCUGCCAUCGAUGGAAUGAAACGAUCGAGAUUCUGCAAAUUUUACCCUCGUCAGCCGCCGUCAUACCCACCAACGAAGCCAUCGUCUUGGUGGUUCCCGUAAUUGACAAUUGGACCGGUGACCAAUUCCAGGCUUCGAUCCGUGAGCUCAUUCAAAGACUUUCGUCAGUUUCGAUCUCCCCGUGGUUGGCUAAAACAUUACUCAUUGUUUCUCCUGUUCCCAACGGAAACAAUACGAUCUCGCUGUCAGAGUCAGUGGGCUCAUUUUUGGAGCUUUACCAAGGUGGACGCUCUACUGCACGUAUGAAAAGGAAUUUUCCGAGAGAUCUAUAUCCCGGAACCAUGAUCCGCAACGUAUUGGUGGUCGAUUGCAACGCGACGACGGACAAAGACGGUUCCAAUCAGGUGCGAAUUCUACCGCAAGGUCGCCGAGGUGUACUACCGAACAUGGACUUGGUAGGGCUGACCGCUGCAAUUGUGCGACGCGGCUCGUUCCUUAAUCGGCAGGUCAAGAAUACUCGCGAUAAGGUCAAAACCGUAAUUCAUCCCUUUCAUGAUACCGCAGAACGCUGGAUGAACAUGAGUCAGGAGUACGUGCUCGAAAGUCGACACUGGCAUUUACGCGAGUUCAUUGAUAUGAUCUUGUUUGAAAGAAUGCUCGUAAUGGGACCCUUACCGCCUCACGCCGAAGCAUUGGAUCGGGGCAUUGACUCGUUGACUCUCGAGGCACAUUUCAAUCAUCUUCCAGCUAGUUUGCACGGACUCUAUCAGGCAGAAUUCGUAUCGUUGUUGGAACUAAUGAUCCGUGCUCUCUCAAAUCUACAUGAGCGGCUUCAUCACUCAACUUCCUUGUACCUGCUCACGUCCUACGAACGCUUCGUCAAACAUGAAGAGUACCUGGUACCCAAUCUACUCUUGGUUAUUCCCAUGGUCGUCCGUGCCGUGACUCUGAUUGUGUUUGAUAUUUCGCGGUUUCACUGGCCGGCAGUGGGCUGGGCUCUCUCGCGGAUGCUCCUGGGUACGGCCUGGGUAGCCUGGAGCGUGCCUCUGGUGGAAGCAACGCUGCCGACCGGAGAUUCGUAUCGCAACUACUGGAUGGGAUUGGUUGUCGCACUCGGAUACGGACCCUUGUUGUUCAUUCCUUGGACCACCCCGUCCGGUCCAAAGUGCCGUGAUGCGGCGGCAUCUUCCAGUAUCCAGUUCCUGGCGUGUCUGCUUGGAGUUUACGUGCACGUCGCCAUAGCUUUUGGUCACGUAUCACUCGCUUUUCCGUCGGCAAUGAUUUGGUCCCCUUUGAUUGCCUUUCCAUCGUACCGCACUCCACUGGCUGGACCGAUGGGAUGGACGAUCCGAUUCCUGAGCGGCUUGCUACUGGUAGUCACCAUGCCGUGCGUGUUUCUGGUACCGAACGUCUUCUCCACCUGGACGGCCUACGUCCAAUACGCCUAUCUACCGCUACACUUGCUCGUGUCCGCGAUAGCGAUGGCCCGCUAG